GGGAAUAUAUGCUUGCCAUGUUCUGGGUGCUAGAGCAAUGGAUCUGAAACAUGCAAAUUUAUUUCUACACCUGAAGGAUAUACAGAUAAAUUCUUCCUAAGUUGGUUUAUAAUAGCUGCUGGUGCCAUCGCCAUGUGCCUCCUUCUGAGUCUGAUCCCUGUAAUUGUUAUCCUGAGAAAGAAGAAUACUUCGCGUAUAAAUGAAAGGAACACGUUGCCCAAUGAUCCUACUGACACCUUCGAACUUCAUGAAAUCAGUGACAGACCACGCGAGGAAGCAGAAGCUGUCAAUGAAAGUACUCCAUUAAUGCAAGAUGGAGAUGGUGUGAGGGAUCAAGAAACUUGUGGAAGUCUUGUUGAUGACACCGAUCAAAAUGCCUCCCAAGAACAAGACGUUCUUAGUAGUCCCUUGUUAUUACAGUCAGAAGUAGAUGAAGGAAGGAAUCAUCAGAUAUUUCCACAAAGUGGCUCUCGUGAUGAGGACACGCAACCGUCAUCUAGUGGAGAAAUAACAGAAAAUAAUAAUACACAAGACAUGCCAGUGACGUCACAAAAGAAUAAAAAAAGACGCCGAAAGAAAGAUGUUACAAUCGACGAAUGUUCGUUGCCUAUCACAGAUAUCCAAGCUGCUCUUCUGGCUAAUAAAGACUUGGAAAAGACAGGCGCCGAUGUACAUUUCGACAUUGACCAGAAACCUAUUAACGGAAUGUACAAUGUCGUCAUCCGGGGCUCUCCUUCCCAGAUCCACGCAGCAGUUACCCUCAUCAUGCAGAAGCCGGAAGACAAGGAAAUCAUAUCAGAACAGCUCCACAAAGCCUGGCUCCAGUGGGUUGAGGCCGCGUUUCCUGAUUUUCACUCUCGCGCUUACUUCCUGCCUCCUGUCUACUUCAACCGGGUGCCCAUGACCAGACAGUCCAUCGCUGGUCAAGAUGUUCUAACUGUUCAGUCAACACCUGGACAAGCUGCUGCUCCUGCUGCUGCUGCUGCUGCUGCUGCUCCUGCUGCUGCUGCUGCUGCUGCUGCUGCUGCUGCUGUUGCUCAGACGAUUCGCGUUCAGGAGAGUGACAUAAGAGAGGAUGCGGCCAUGCAGCGGGUGCUUUUCUGUCUGCUAGAAAUGUUUAAAUUGAGCAAAGAGGGUUUGUUUGGAAUAAGUCAACUUUCUUUCGAAGAUUACCUGGGUGGAGAUCGCUAUCCUGCCAAGGCUGCUCAGAUACCUUUACCCGACGACUUGCCAACAUACAAAAUGGGAUGCUUUGACAUUCUUGUCAUUCAUCAACAUUAUGGCAUCCUUGUCUGCGAAGUGAAAUGUUUGGGACUUAACUUAUCUUCGAACGAAAUAGACAAUCAGAUUAGAAAAAAACUUCCACAGUGUAUCAUUCAGCUGGACAAGGCAGAGGUCAUGUUGUCCCACCUGGUGUUCGACAUCGAUCGGGAUCUGCGGAUCACAAAAACGAUCGCUUUUCCUAACCUCACAACCCUCCAGGUGCAAAAGGCCAUUUCUAGCGACUGCCAGCUGACUGAUGACCUGUGUCGGUGUCUGGGAACAACAUCAGACCCUGCUGCAAUCGCAGGUCUGUGUCUGUGCUGUGAUCAGCUGUCUGACCCCAAGACCCCGUGUGACGUCAGUAGUCAUGUGCUGAGGGAACUCGGACACUGGUGGAAGCGACGUGUGACUGGGGCUGGGCCUGACCCUCACAUGACACCUGGGGUGUACAAGACACUGAUAGCCAGGUUUUGUGGUCCGGCGACGACAGUGACUGUACCAUUGGCGUCUUCCACAACACGUCCUGACCCACGUGUGAGUGUCAAGACCCUGGGUCAGGCCGUGUGGUGGACAGGAGAGUGCUAUACUGCUGUAAUCACACUCUUCCCGGAGCAAGUUCACCUGCUACACACGGCGCCUCCCACACUCUUUGUCACCGGACCGCCCGGUACAGGUAAAACUGUGGUGCUGCUGCUGAUGGCCAUACAGUGGCUGCGGUGUGGUCACCAGGUGGACAUUGUGAGUACUUGGAGGGGGAGUCUUGCAGCGUGCGACAGGCUGUUCUGCCUGCUGCUUCAGACAGUAAAGAAGCAACAGUCAGCAGGUGUAUCAAUUGGUCAACCUUAUCUCAGGCAUUAUGAUUUAACUGAGCGUAAAGACGCAGAGAAGGCCGUCAGUGACUUUUCACAGGCAGCAAUGAGAGGCAAUCUGUUCAUCAUAGCCGAUGAAGCAGGACCUGACUCUGAACGCUUCAAGAAUUUCUGUAACAAGCUGCCAACAAGUACUGAUCUUCAUCUGUGGGCGGCAAGUAGUUACCAUGGACACGCACCCGAUGGCUGGCAAGUGGAAUAUUUAACCAGACCCCUCCGCUCUCCGCCGGUUGUCGUUAGAGAAGUUCAAAAUGCCAGGGAAAUCACCGACGCCGAGGUCAAGCCGUAUAGGGAGUGUAAUGUUCCUUGCCACACAUACGGCCCGCCAGUCAGACACCUGCGUCAUCAAGGUCAAGUUCAUUCAUCUCGCAAAAUAAUUGACUGCUCUGCUUGUGGUAGUAAGAUAGCCACCUUCCUGCAUAGCCUGAGGCAAGAUGUUCUCGAGGAAGACACGACGUCGACGACAGUGAAGUCCACCAGUGGUGCUACACCAUCCAGUCUGCAGUGGAGAGAUGUGCUGGUGUUGUACAGGGAAGAGGUUAGUGAUGACUCAGGUCUGGUGAAGGGACUGAAAACAUCAGGUAUUCCAGUGCGGGUAGUGGAGGAUAUCGAUAUCCGAGACCUAGCCACGGCCCACAGUGACGUGGUGUGGGUAGCCAAUGGACACCACAUUCGCGGACUGGAGAGAAAAGUCGUUGUGUGUAUAGACCCUGAUGCCCGAGGUUUCCCUGUCAUUGAUAACGGAUCUGUCAGACUUCACUUUAUGUCCCGAUGUACGUCGCAACUCGUGAUUGUGUCCCCUUGACAGGUAGCCGGCUUAACACGAAAGUCGCCCUUACACCUGUGAUCUUUUGUCAUCUUUUUUUGCAUGUAAACAACCUCAAAAGUAAUGGAUAAAAAUAGUUGUUUUGGAUAAGUGGAAUCAAUUUGGAAAACAAAGUAUCGCUCUGGCUGACACAGGUUGCAAUUUGUUAUUUGUACCUGCAAAUAGGCAAAUAGGAAUCAUAUAUUUUGCAUCUUUAUACAAAUGACAUGGGCACACAAUAACUGCUAAACCUAGAAAAUGAUAGUAACCAAAUUAAUAACAAAACUGAACAGUAUACAUGAGAAAAAGCUUAGAUGUAAGUGCAUAAAUAUAUGUUAAUAUAUUUCUUUAUGGGAAACAUGGCUUGAAAGGUGUGCAUGUGUUAUAUAUGCUAAAGCUUUAGUGAAGAGACACAUCUGCACACAUUCGAACAUGUCCAUUACUUUCUGCUCUUUGUUAUUUGUGCAAAAUAUAAUAUAUUAAUUUAUUAACAGAUAAGACACUAACUUGAAAAAAAACACAAAACAUAAGGCAAUUAUGAUAAUUUUCUCUUCCUUCAUGUGGACAUAAUAUUCAUAUAUAAUGUAAAAAAUAUUGUUUCCAAAACUUAUGACUCCAAUAUAAUUUAGUAUGACAUACCUUGAUGUUUCUUUAAAAAGGCAAGGAAGGCGUCUUUUCAGCACACCGUUGCCAUGUUCAAUUGUUUCUUGAGUUUAUCGCUUGACUAAUCAAGGAUGUAUACUUCAUAAGCUCGGUAUAUCUUUGACUCGGUCAAAAUCCUGGUGCCAUGACUACUUCCAGAAUACUUAACAACACAGUUAAUUAUAUGUAUGCAACUAUCACAAACUAGCUUUACAUUUAUUGAAUGAUAACCUUUUUUAUCUACAAAUUUAUUUUCGUGCUCAGAUGGUCCCUGUAUUUUUACAUGGGUGUCAUGUAUGCACCCGAACAGGCUUGGAAAUCCAGCGAUUGCAUAAAAUUAGAAUUUCUGCUUGUUUCCAUCCCUCUGGCUAGGUAUUUUAUUUAUUUAGACGAUUUGUAAAGAGCCUUAGACACACGGUGAAUUGUUCGAGAAAUUGUCGACUUAUGCGUGUUCAUCGUAUCUCCUGAAACUGUUUGAAAACAUCCCGAAGAAUAGAAUCGAAAACAUGACUACGAAGGCUCGACUUUAUCGUAUUUUGUUGUAGUUCACGAUAAUGAUUAACAAAAAAGUUCCAUUUUGAAAAGGGAUAUAACUUUCAUCUACCAAAAACAAGUUUCACAUUGUCAUGCUAUGUCCUAUGUACCGAUAGAUUCUUUUAUAUUCCUUGUCUUUUACACAAUAACUAUUAUCACCGUGGAUAUUUUUCAUU